UGAGAUUUAAGGGGGAGUAUGUGAUAGAAAAUUCGAUUGAUUUGAUAGUCAAUGAGUGCUGAAGGAUAGAAAGCUUUUCGGCGGUGUAACAUUGGAAAACCCAAUUAGGGGUUUAAAGGAUUUAUAAAACUAACCUUCGAAUUUUUAGGGUUUGGAGAAACCCAACCACUUUUCUAAUAGUUUGGUUUCGCUCUCGUUCUUCCUCUUUGUUGUCUUAGGUUCAGGCGCUCUGCCCUGUCAGUCGUGGCCGCCGGCUGGCCUCCAGCUAACGUCUCUCCCUCCGCUCACUUGUGGUGUAUUUGUCUCUCCCUCCUCUCUCUUAUCGCAUCUCCUUGCAUUGCACGCGGUUGCGCCGCCUCUCUCAGCCUUUCCGUCGCUGUCUCACCGCGCCGCCUCUCAGACUCUCUGCCUCUCAUACUUUUCUGGAAUGGAAAUCAAUUUGGGGAGUCAUGCAUUUGACAUUGAUUUUCAUCCAUCUGAUAACCUCGUUGCUACUGCACUCAUUGAUGGCAACCUUCACCUAUACCGUUAUAGUGAUAACUCUGAUAACAACCCAGUGAGGGUGUUGGAAGUUCAUGCUCACACCGAGUCUUGCAGAGCUGCUCGAUUUAUCAAUGGCGGACGUGGGCUGUUGACGGGUUCUCCCGAUUGCUCGAUACUGGCUACAGAUGUGGAAACUGGAUCUGCCAUUGCCCGACUUGAUAAUGCCCACGACGCUCCGAUCAAUAGAUUGAUAAACUUGACCGAGUCAACCGUUGCUUCAGGUGACGAUGAAGGUUGUAUUAAGGUUUGGGAUAUCAGAGAACGUUCUUGUUGCAAUUCAUUUGAAGCCCAUGAGGAAUACAUUUCAGACAUGACUUUUGCAUCUGAUGCAAUGAAACUAUUGGCCACAAGUGGAGACGGGACUCUUUCUGUUUGCAAUCUUCGCCAAAAUAAAGUCCAAGCCCAAUCUGAAUUUUCUGAAGAUGAGCUGUUAUCUGUUGUUCUAAUGAAGAAUGGUAGGAAAGUUGUUUGCGGAUCACAAAAUGGAAUCCUGCUAUUGUAUUCAUGGGGAUGCUUCAAGGAUUGCAGCGACCGAUUCGUUGAUCUCUCUUCAAACUCUAUUGAUACCAUGUUAAAGCUUGAUGAAGAUAGAAUUAUUACUGGAUCAGAGAAUGGGAUGAUCAACUUGGUUGGGAUAUUGCCAAACAGAAUCAUUCAGCCAAUUGCAGAGCACUCUGAAUAUCCUGUUGAGUGUCUCGCAUUCUCUCAUAAUAAAAAGUUUCUUGGAAGUAUUGCACAUGAUCAAAUAUUAAAGCUAUGGGACUUGGAUAAUAUACUUCAAGGUCCAAGCACACAGAGAAACGAAACUGCGGUGAUUGGCAAUGAAGUUGACAGUGACAAUGAAGAUGAGAUGGAUGUAGAUAACAAUCGUUCCAAGUCUUCUAAAGGGAAGAAGAGAAAGAAUGCAAGUAAUGGGCAUAAUGUAGGUCAUUCGAACAGCUUCUAUGCAGAUUUAUAGAAGAUUGUGAUUGCAACAUUUUUGCAUAAGCUAAUAAGAACACUUGCAAGGGUUAUUUCCUUAUCAACACAUCCUAAAAUUUUAGGAGCCCCUUCCCAAAAUUUAUUCUUAUGCACCUUGUCUCGAAGAUAGCUUGCGGCACCACCAGGCGCCAACCCUCCAAAAUCAUCACAUCCAUAGUUUUUAUAAACACAACCUUUUCCUACAGUUUUGAUAGCCAAACCUAGUUUUUUAUUUACUUUUUUUUCUUUUCCAAUAGUAAUGAUUGUAUGCUUUUCUUUUGUCUAUAAAGAUGUUCGAAAUAUAUGUUAAAACUUAAUGUUUAUCA